AUAAACAACAAAGAUUUGUUGUGAUGCAGUCAGAAGCAUUUGUGUUUUGAUAGGAAAUAAACCGGAAAAGUCUAGAUUAACAACAAUAAUUUUGAGUACAACGGAUUCUACUGCACAAAAACAAGAAUAUCCAGCUGAUGACAUUCAAUAUCACGAUAUGGAACGUGAUUGUGAACAGGGUAUUUUUAAUAAUACAUCUCCAAGUGACCAAGGAAGCAACCAAUCUGACUCUGACAACAGAGAAGGCCACAGAUCAAAAUCUUCUGGUAAAAGUCAAAAGGGUUAUUUGCAAGGAAUGAAGCAGAAGGUACUUGCAUAUAUAAAAACUAACAAGAAAGGGAUCAAAGUGAAUUACAUAGAAUUCAUCAUAUACACAAUCUUCCUGCUCAUAGUGACAAUAGGAACAUUUGGGCAGAUAAACAACAUGAGGUAUUGGUACACAAAACUUGUAGAUGAUUUGUUUGUGAAAAGUCCGUUUGAAGAAGGUAUUGAAGAAAUAAACUUCAAAGACUUAUCACGCGUAACUCAUUUCUGGAAGUUUGCAGAGACUGUAAUGAUUGACGGUUUAUACUGGAACUUCGAAGAUGAUACGCAACAACCAGUUGGAUAUAUGUUGCAAGAUAGUAAGCUAAUUGGAGUACCACGCCUACGACAGGUAAAAGUGAGAAGUGAUUCAUGCAUAGUACCUGAAGCAUUCCAGCGAUUAUACACAACAUGUUAUGAUUUAUAUUCAUCUGGAAAAGAAGAUAAAGAACCAUUUGGGCCAGGAAUCGGAACAGCCUGGACUUAUUCCACUGAAAAAAAACUGCAUGGUUCCAGUCAUUCAGGAAUAUUCUCAACGUAUGGUGGUGGAGGAUAUUAUGAAGAUCUGUCACUCGACCGUAGUGAAACCAUUGAGAAAUUGCUUACCUUGAAGAAUAAUCGGUGGAUUACAAGAGGAACACGUGCCAUUUUCCUUGACUUUACUGUCUAUAAUUCAAAUAUUAAUAUAUUCUUAACUGUGAAGCUUGUUUUUGAGAAACCACCAGUAGGAGGAAUGAUUACAUCAUCCCUCCGCAGGAUAGUGAAGCUCCAUCAUUAUGUGACUGGAUUUGACUACGUUAUUGCAGUCUGUGAAUGCAUGUUCGUAGUGUUCACAGUUUUCUACACCAUAGAAGAGAUAGUGGAAAUUGUGGUUUUAAAGCACAAAUACCUACACUCUUUAUGGAAUUUUUUGGAUCAGAUCAUUCUUGUGUUGGCCUAUGCUAUUAUAUGCUUCAGACUCUAUAGCUAUAAGGUUAUUGAACCACAAAUAAUUCAAGUUAUUGGUGAGGAGAAGUUUACAGACUUUGACUCCAUUGGUUUGUAUCAAGUCACGUACAACACUACAACUGCUGUCCUGGCAUGUCUAACGUUGUUCAAGGUUUUCAAAUACACCCGUUUCUAUGACACCAUGUCCCAAUUCAGCAUGACGCUUGCCAGGUGUUCCACGGAGAUUGCUGCAUUUUUAUGUAUGUUCCUCAUUAUUUUUAUCAUAUUCGCUCAGCUGGGUUACCUACUGUUUGGAUCACAGGUUAAAGAUUUCCGAACACUUCCGACAACUGUCUCAACACUUUCAAGAGCAACUAUUGGAGAUUUUGACUUUCUUGCAGUUGAAGAAGCCAGUCCCAUUCUAGCACGAUUUUUUUACAUUUCAUUUGUCUUCUUGGUGUUCUUUAUAUUGUUGAACGUGUUCCUGGCAAUCAUUACCGAUUCAUAUGCAGGUGUGAGAUCUCUAGAACCAACACUGAAAUCAUUUAUAGGGUCAGACAUACAUCAUGGUUUGAACAACUUGACGUCACAAUUGGGAUAUGAAAGGAAGAAUCACAGUGAAGAUGAUAAUAAAGAUAAUGACAAAUAUACAUAUAAAGAAAUUAAGAAAUUUUUGUUGAAGAAAAAUGUCAUCGAUGUGGAGGAUGACUUAUUUCUCAAUAUAUAUGACACUGACGAAGAGAAUAAACAAAACAAGAAAUAAGAAGGAUGUCAACUGACUUGAAAAGAAGUGUGCCAGGGAUUACCCUAACACAGUGGAAUUUGCCGGUUGCACACACAAACUGCUGCCAUGACAAUAGACUGGGUCCCCUUGUCAGUGUGCUAUGGGUAGCCAUAACCAAAGGGUUAUGGCUAAUUAAGUGAAGAUCAACCAAUUAUCUUUGUGAAUGUGACCGAACGGCCAUGCAAAGCUGCCCUUGGUCCCACCUGUCUACCUUUUACAUCCACUGUUUGGGACUGCUGUCAUGAAACUCUGAAAACGACUUCUGUGCAGGCUUUCACCCCACAUACUGCAUGGAAAUUGUAAUUUGUCUUUGUUCAUCAAAAUUUGGUUUGGCUUUGGGGUGUUAGCCCUGUGCAGGUGGUCCGCCGGGUGGGGGGGGGACGUCUGCUGCGGUAAGUUGUUAUUCGUUUACAAAGUUGUGGCUCUAUUGCGCUAUACAGCGGACGUCACUCCGGUGUUUAUUUUGUGUUAUUUUUAUAUUGUUUAUUUUUUACCUGCUUGUUAUUCUAACAUUUAAUUACAUACAUUGUGUUCUUUGUGC